GGGAGACGAGACACAGUAUGCAGAAAUCUGAUUUUCAAAGUAUUUUUCUCGAACGUCCUAUAAAAUAUAAACAAAUUAAAUAUAAGGACGAAUGUAUAAGAAGACGCAAAUGAGCUGGCCAACAACGACGAUGGAAUGCGGCUCUUUGAAUUAAUACAAGGGUCCAGUUGAAGCGUUACGUAUUCAGUUGUUCCAGUUAAGUUUGUGAUUACUCCUUGGCAAGUGAUGGGUUCAAAGAGUCGUUCUUAUCGUCAUUCUUUUUACGGCACUGCUUUAGCAGAUGAAACGAGAAUUGAGAAGAGGUAUCACCAAGUACGCCGGCGUCGUCUUUCCGCUUUUCAGGAAGUUGAUCCGAAACAAAAUGAUGGAACUAGCGCGUGCUUAACAUGCCGGACACUCUCUUGCUCUCAGACUCAGAGAAAUCGAAGUAAUUCCUUACCUGAUGCAAUCACCAUAAACAGUCUGAUAACAAAGAUGGAAAAUGAUACGGCUGCGUCAAUUAACCUAGUGCGACCACGAAGUGUAUCAUUUGAUCCAACAGCUAAACUUUAUACUGCAGCUGCUGAAAAUGACAUCACAGAAUUAAAAGCUAUUUUAGAUUCUGGCAAAGCUGAUCCAAAUAUUUUGUAUCUUUCUGGAGUUACUCCACUGCAUAUGGCUGCUGCUGAAGGACAUUUGGACGCAAUUGAAUUGCUUGUACAGUACGGUGCUAAUAUUAACAUACAAGGUGCUGAAGGAUUUUCGCCAUUGGAGUUUGCAUUACGCGGAGGGCAUUUUGAUUGCGCAUCUUUCUUGAUUAAAGUUGGAGCUGAAACCAAGAAAAUCGUUCAUGGUUUAAAUUAAUACAAUCUACAUGAUUGUAAGCGUAUUGUAAAUACCCUGGUAGUAGUGCUAUACAAUGUCAAUAUGUAUAUGCCUCAU